CGUUCACAAGCCAGCCGGAGCCGCAGCUCAAAUGCGGAGACGAAGACCAUCCGAGAGACUCUGAAGCUGCUUCCCUUUUGAUACCCUUUCCUUCACUGUUUAUCCUAACCCUCCCAAUCUCAUCGGCUUGCCGGCUGCUCCUUCCUCCCGUCGCGACAACCGCCCGCUUCCCCUCUUCAACCCACGCGCGACCAGACUCUGCACUCGACCAUGUCUCAAACACAGGAAAAGGCCCAGGAGAAGCUCAUCGAGUCGACUUCCUCAGUGCCCCAGAGUACGGCGGCACAGCAGAGCGACAAUGUUGCGCAUGCGCUUGCCGGCGCUGGUGGAGGACUGCUGUCCAUGGCCCUGACCUACCCGCUCAUCACCCUCUCUACCCGCGCCCAGGUCGAAUCUAAGCGCGCUCAGUCGUCAACGCUCAAUGCCGCUCGACGCAUCAUCAAGCGCGAGGGUGUCGCAGGCCUCUACGCCGGUCUCGACUCCGCCCUCUUCGGCAUCAGCGUCACAAACUUCGUAUACUACUACUGGUACGAAUGGACCCGCUCCUUCUUCGAGAAGGCUGCGCUCAAAGCCGGUCGCGCCUCCUCCAAGCUCACCACGGUCGAGUCCAUGAUGGCCGGCGCCCUCGCCGGCAGCGCAACCGUCCUCAUGACCAACCCCAUCUGGGUCGUCAACACGCGCAUGACGACGCGCAAAUCCGAAGCCUCCGACGAGUCGCUCCCGGGCGCACCCACACCCGCACAGAAAGCGCCAUCGACCCUUGGCACGCUCUUCGCCCUUGUCCGUGAUGAGGGCCCCGCGCGCCUGUUCGCUGGUGUCAUGCCGGCGUUGGUCUUGGUCAUCAACCCCAUCCUCCAAUACACCGUGUUCGAGCAGCUGAAGCAGAUGCUGGAGAAGCGGAGAAGAGUCACACCCAAGGAUGCUUUUUACCUUGGUGCUUUGGGCAAACUGUUGGCCACUAGCAUCACCUACCCGUACAUCACUGUCAAGAGCAGGAUGCAUGUUGCGGGCAGGGAUGGGCCGAGGGAGGAUAUGUUGACCACCUUCAGGCGCAUCAUCAGGGAGGAGGGAUACACUGGGCUGUACGGAGGUAUCGGACCCAAGGUUACCCAGAGUGUCAUUACCGCCGCCUUCCUCUUCGCUUUCAAGGAUGCGCUAUACGCCUACACGAUCCAGGCCCGCAAGAAGCUUGCCAUGCGCAAGGUCUAGGGCGUACCGUGAAAAGGCACAUAUGAAAAGCGGCUGCGGUGGCAAUAGCAGUCGCAGCCGUAUAUCGAAUUAUGUCGCGACCCGUAUAAGAAGGUCGACACUGUGUAGGAUGGCGGAGGGUCACAUUGAGCCAUGAGCACGUAUCGGAGUAUGUUUUUUCACGGUCCGUGGAGGGGACACGAACCUUCAAAAUGUAUAUACCCAGAAUUCUACGCAUCGUUUAUAUCGGAUUAGGACGCAUCUUAUCAAUCUUCUGACGUAGCAACGACAUCGAAGGACAAGGCGGAUAGUAUCCCGUCUCUCCGCUUAUCGCGUCAUCAGGCCUCUGCCAUGCACGACUCGUUUAUCCACCCGCUGCGGGGUACUCAAUCGAGAGGUUGUCAACGCCCUGUUA